CGCAGAAGACUUAGUAAAUAAAGCAUGAACGAAACUGCAACGUUAUGGAUGCAACUCUUAUGAAAGAAAAUAUUUAAUUUUGCAAUAUUUGUUUUAAAACUGAGUAGAUUAGAUCUAGAUAUAUCUAGAAUUUAUCUUUUAGAUCUAGAUAUCUAGAUCUAAAUUUACGAAUUAGCGAAACAUUUUUAUUUACUGAAUCAGGAUUCAUUGAAUUUCCGCUUUCACUGCCAGUUGUCAGUGACUCUCAGUGAGUGACUUACUCUGACUCUCAGUUCUCAGUGUCAAGUUCACUGUGACUUUCUGUUUCUCAGUAUUCUUACAGUUUACAGUGCCACUUAACUUUGAAGUAUUCAUAGUGAUCAUGGAGAUUCAGAUUGGAUACGGAUAUGAAAUUAUUUGUUUGUGUUGAUCUGAAACCAUUGUCAUUGAUUUGGUUGAUAAAUUUGAAUUUGAUUUACCGGUACUGAACUUCCUGAACUAUUUGAAGACACUGUAGUCAAGUGUAGUCGUAGUGAUUCAGUUUCAGCAACUGAGUUUGACAUACAAAAUUUUAAAUUCUAAAGUUGUGAAAGUGAAGGCAAGCAUUUUGUGUUUAAGUGAAACUAAGAUAUUAAUAAUAAAAAAUUGUAUUUAGACCUAAGGCUAAUCUCAUAUUCAUAGAUUCAAGAUCUAAUAUAGGUUAUAGAUCUAUCUAGAAAUCAGAAAUGUCUCUGGCAGAUGAACUGUUAGCUGAUCUGGAGGAAGGAGGGGAAGAACUUGAUACUAUUGAAGAAGAGGACGAGGAAUCAAUCAAUGAUAUUGUUGAUGAUGUUGGUAUGGAAAUUGAUCGCCAGGGAUCUGCUUUGAAUGUAAGAAGUGUUGCCAAAUUAAAAGAAAGUGCAGAGUUGGCUAAAAUAUUGCAUGAUAUAGAAGAAUACUCUGCCAAACCAAAGCGAAGUGCUGUGGCUGGUCCAGUGGAAGUAGAUCCGGAAUACAAACUGAUAGUGGAUGCUAAUAACAUGACAGUUGAAAUAGAUAAUGAAAUUAAUGUAAUUCACCAAUUUACUAAAGAUAUUUAUUCAAAAAGGUUUCCAGAACUGGAAUCUCUGGUUCCAAUGCCACUAGAAUACAUAUGUACUGUAAAAGAACUAGGUAACAAUAUCCUAGAAAGAUCAAAGAAUAACGAAAUUCUUCAAGACAUUCUGACCCCAGCCACAAUAAUGGUUGUCAGUGUUACUGCUUCAACCACUCAAGGAGUAGAACUUUCAGAAAAAGACUUAGCUACAGUCAUGGAAAGCUGUGAAAUGGCAAUAGAACUGAAUAAAUGCAAAACUAAAAUAUUUGAAUAUGUCGAAUCCAGAAUGACAUUUAUUGCCCCUAAUCUGUCUAUUAUUGUUGGCGCAUCAAUUGCAGCCAAGUUGAUGGGAACUGCUGGUGGCUUAACCAAUCUUUCCAAGAUGCCAGCUUGCAAUAUUAUGCUAUUAGGAAGCCAAAAGAAGACGCUUGCUGGUUUUUCUAGUACUAAUAUACUACCUCACACUGGUUUUAUCUACCACAGUGAAUUUGUGCAGAAAAUGCCACCAGAAAUGAGAAGGAAAACUACAAGGGCAGUUGCUGCCAAAUGUGCAUUAGCUGCCAGAGUGGACAGCUUCCAUGAGAGUGUUGACGGUGCUGCUGGUGAUCGGCUAAGAGCAGAGCUUGAUGCAAAAAUGGACAAAAUGACAGAGCCUCCUCCUGUUAAGUUUUCUAAACCUCUUCCUGCACCGAUCGAACAGUCCAAGAAAAAGCGUGGUGGCAGAAGAGCAAGAAAAAUGAAGGAACGUCUGGGCCUAAGUGAACUGAGGAAGCAAGCCAACAGAAUGAGCUUUGGUCAGAUAGAAGAUGAUGCCUACCAAGAGGACCUGGGCUUCUCAAUGGGCACAAUGGGUAAAUCUACCUCAGGAAAGAUAAGAGGUGCUCCAGUGGAUGCCAAAACUAAAGCCAGGAUCUCAAAGACCCUCCAGCAAAAGCUGAGCAAACAGAAUCAGACGUGGGGUGGUAGCACAACUGUGAAGAAGACAGUUGAAGGAACAGCUUCUAGUGUGGCCUUCACUCCACUCAAGAACCUUGAAAUCUUCAACCCACAUGCAGCUGAGACCAAAGUUCAACAGACUACUCAGAAGUACUUCUCAUCCACUGGGACUUUCCUUAAAGUGAAAAAAGAAGCUGGCUCGAUGCCCCCACCUGCGGCUCCUAGAUCCAAAUAACUUUUGACACUGUAUUGAUUAUUUUAAUGCACUUUUGUUUUUUGUUGUAAUAAAUAAAAAAGAAAAACUAAGACUUAAAAAUAUUUUUGUUAAAUUUGGAAUGUAAACUAAGUAAACUUUUUUUUGGCUGCUUUUUCAUCAGUAAUUGAAGAGGGUUUGAGAGUCCAAAGUUGGAAUCAGGCUUUGGCCUGUCACUAGAAUCUGAACAAGGUUUCCAUAAAUAAGAGUACAAAUCAUUAGUACUUAACCUUUAACUUUCUAGUUUCUAAAUUAGAUAUUGUUUUUUUUUUUAAGUUAAAAUAUUCUUGGUACAGUUGAUAAUUUUAAUGAUCAUUUAUUUCAUAAGAGCUAGUUAAUUAAAAAAUGCUGUGUAGGAUUAAAAGAGGGGGGCAAAAAGCAAAGAUUUGAGGCCAACAAAAUUGGAAGCCAGUGAAGCUGAUUUUUUAAACUAAGAGAAAUGCCUAAUAAGCUGUGGGCGCUUCUUUAUUUUUUUAUACUGUAGACUAAGUGGGUCUACAUAUACAACUGUUAACAAUAAUUUAAAUUUUUUCCAGACUCCAGAGAUAAUUUUUUGUUUUCAUUCCAAAUGUUUCAAUAACAUGCAAAUUUAUAUAACUGUAAAUAGUUAUUGCUUAUUUGUUAAAAGUUCCUACCAUUUAAAAGAGAAAAUUGUUGAUGAGUUCUGUAGCAUUUGUAGACAACAGAAUAUGUCAAAACGUGCAUGUCACAUUGUGUUGUCAUGCAGUUGAAUUCCAAUAAAUAUCUCAGAAGAAAGAUCAUA